AAAUGGUUUAGUGACAGUGGCAGAGGUUCUGUGUUUGUGAAGGUUGACUGGCUCAUCUUGAGGUUAACUGCCUGUAACUGCUGCUAACAACAGUUCAGUUGAUGAUAAUUCACUUGGCAGUUUGCCAAUCAGCUGAGUUGCGGGGCUGUGCUCGUUUGCGCGAGCCCUCGUGCAGUUGCGUGUUUGUUUUGGAGGCCGAGAAAUGUGUGUGUGUGUGUGCCAGAGUGCAAAAACAAAGACCCGUAACCACGAGUGCCUGGAAGAACAGAGAAAAACACAAACAGCGGAGCACCUGUGUCUGAAGAGCAGGGCCAUGAAGAGAAGGCUGAGCGACUCCCCUGAGGCGCAACACACACGUUUGACAGGAUGCCAGGGUUAGUUAAUGGCUCAGUUGUGGACAACCAUGACCAAGCCAUGACUGAAGCUCUGGAGCAGUUCUGCAACUCCCCGGAGCAAACGUAUGAGCAGUUCCUGUCCACCUUCACACACCUGACCCCAGAGAACGUGAGGGAUACGCAUUUGACUGCUCCUAGAGGACACGGAGACAGAGAGAUGGACAACAGCCGAGAGCGACAAAGAGAGGAUAGAGUGACAGAGAUGGAGGAGAGCGUAUACCGAAGGAUGGGACAGGCGAAUCGCUGCUCACCGACUGCUGAUCAGGAAGAGGUGCUGUUGGAUGGCGGUUGUGUUGGAGGAAGACUGGGCGGCCCAUCGAGCUCUGCUCCAGACAGACCUGUGAAGUUUGAUAAUUAUCUGGGAGAUUCGGAGGAUGAAGAGCAGAAUUUUGACGCUACAGGUACAUGUGCACUACCAGGUGAGAUUGAAGAAGAUCUGAUAGCUGUCUCCUCUUCAUCGCUCUGUCACCACACACUGCUGGAGAUCUCCUCGACUUUCACAGACCAGAGGACACACGCUCCAAGUGCCGCUGAAAAUCAGGAUGAAAGUGAGGAGGUUGUUCCUUUCCAUCUGGAUGAGGACUUUGAUUACGAUAACGUUGUGCUGUCUCACAAAUACGUGAUCCAGGAACAGAACGGCUGAAAUUCUUCUAACAGCUCUGAUUUUGCGUAAAGUCCUUGUUGAGGCGAUCAGAAAUGUUUUCAUUUCGCCAAAGAACUAGAAGGAAGAUGGAUCAGCUGUUGCGGUAUCCUCAGUAAACUAUUAUAUCGGCUGCAAUUAUAUGUCCAGUACCAACUUGAAACUAUGAAACAGGCCAUUUUUUCUUCCAUAAAGUGACUACAUUGCUCUGAUGAAUCCUUCAUAAAACCAGGAGUAUGUUUUUAAAAAGUAAAUAGUGCAUUUUGACUUUAAAAGCACUUACCAGACCAUUAACAGACCAUAUGAUGUGUAUUUAUUGUAUAGUCAUUAUGAUUAUUAUUGUUAUUAUUUUAAACUAGCUAGGCUCAGACGCUUUCCUUUUCUGACUCAGCUCAAAUUAGGCGACCUGUGGUGUAACACUUUUUCUGAUGUACUUGGAAAAGUAAUUAAUUGCUCGUUCUUUCUAACUGCGUUUUAUUCACUUGAACAAAACACUCAGGGACUUUCUUUAUUUUCUCCGUACAAAUAACGUGAAUGAAAGCCCACACGUCUGUGAAAAGAAUCUGUUCCCCUUUUUUUCCUGACUUGAUCGUUUAUUUAGACAUUUCAGACAAUGUCCGUACGUACUGUAAAAUAAUUGUCCUGCUGUUUCCCAGCAUGUUUCCUCAUUUUCACAACCUCACCUUCAUUUCCCCUACGUUCAAAUUUCUUUGCACUCUGUUACCCAAUGUAUCUAAAGGAACAAAACAAUAGUACCCUUCAACACUUGUUCAAGGUGUACUCACUUUUGUUGCCUGCAUGCUGCUAUACAAGCAGCACAAUGACUAAAAUAUAUCCAGUUUCAUUUCUA